CGCCGUGGGGCCAAGAUGGCAACGGCAAUGGACUCGGUCGAGCUCCAGCAGCUGAGGCGGCGCUUCCAGCAGGAGGCCGAGUCCUUACUGGGGGGCUCGGCGCUUCGAGGACACGGGGCAGUUGCAGAAGAAUCUACAGCUGUUGAGAGAAAAGAAAAACCCCUUCCAAGACUUAAUAUCCAUUCUGCCUUUUGGAUUUUGGCAUCCAUUGUUGUAACGUAUUAUGUUGAAUUUUUUAAAACUGUGAAAGAAAACAUACAAACAAGUGGGUGGCUUCUAGUUGGUAUCAGCCUUUUGAUCACAAGCUUAGCUAUUGCGUUUUACUGCAUAUUGUAUCUGGAAUGGUAUUGUGGAAUUGGAGACUAUGAUGUCAGAUAUCCGGUACUGAUACCUCUUACAACUGCUACUUUCAUUUUAGCAGGAAUUUGUUUCAACAUUGCUUUAUGGCCUGUGUGGACACUUUUCACUCCUUUGAUAUUAUUUACCCAGUUUAUGGGUGCUAUUAUGCUUGUCUCCCUCCUUGGCUGAUAGUCAAGGUUUUAGAUCGAAAGUAAAUGUGUAAACACCAAACCAAUAAAACAGAAUGUGGAUGAAGAAUGGAGCAAGCCAUAAAGUAUUUCCAGUCUCCAGAAAGAGUUUUACCUGGAAAAGUGUGACAAUAGACAGUUGCUUGAAAUCUAGGUGGAUUCUUUUUUUGGUACCACCACCCUGAGUUUAAGUUGUGGAAUUACACAGAUAACUGUUAACGUUUAAAUGAUUUUUUGAAAAUUACAGUUUGAGUUUUAAUGACUAGGGAAAAGUAUUAUAAUUUAAAGGUCUAUGGUUAAAAGUAAAAUUUAUAUUUUAGCUUUAGAAUGCAUUCCCAAUAUUUUGUUUGAAUGAUUAAUUUAUUUCAGCCCCUUUUCCGGGGUCUAUAGGUAAUUUUGUAUGUUGAUUCCAUGUGUCUUUAAAAGAAUUACAUUGUCCUGUGCUUCUAGAACUCAUUUAAUUAAUUAUGGUAUAUUUUAUUUUUACAAUUUUUUUUGUUAGAUGGGAGUACUUGUUAAAAGCAGUACUUUCCCUAUACCUCUUAAUAUUAAAUUAUCUCUUAUGUAAAUAAUAUGGCAAGUUUAAUGUAUUUGUUUAAUGUUAGGGUUUUUUUAAUCAUUUAAAAUGAGUUUAAUACUUUUUUUCUUAACAUUAAAUUACAUUUUGCAAAAGGUGCCUCUUUUAAUUUUUUUAUGUGUUUACAAAUUGUACAUACCCUUGAAUUUUGUCACCUUCUGGGGAGAAGUGUUCAGGGAUGCAUUAAAAAAUCAUUCCUAACUUAAAUACAGAAAUGCCUAAAUUUAAAAUGUGGCUUUAAUGUAUGACAUGGGAACAAAAAUCCUUGAUCUUCAUUCUUUUCUCUUUUUUCUUUUCCUUUCUUUUUUUUUUGAUGUUUAUUCUUUUCACUGUGAUAAAUUUAAUUCCACAAACACUAU